UUUUUAGCCUUAUCCCUAUUGGAUCGGUAUACUCAUUUUUGUGGCGCCCACCAUCCUCAAGCCAAAAGCUAAAGCAACAGCCAAAAGUCGACCUCCAUGCUCCAGGAGCGUGGGUAUACAUAGCAGACAACAACCAUGUACGGCGGCUUGUUUGGUGAUCUUCCUGCAGCCAAGAACAAGAAGGAGACCGACGAAGACAAGGAUUCGACGGUAGUAGCCGUGAAAAAGGCAGAGGCACCAGCGACAGCUGUUUCCGAUCCCAACCACAAAAAGAAGGAUGCUCCAAAAUCGGUCGCUCAAGACAUUGGUGCGGCAGGAACGGCAGUGGCCUUUGUCCCCACGCACAUUGGCAGGAAACGGAUUGCGCCAGUCGUGAUCAAGAAAAAGGUAGCUCCAUCGUCUCUUCGUCCCGCCGUCGUGGAUUCAUCAAGAGAUGGCCACAAGGUGGAGCCGCUACAACCAUCACACCAGCAAGAGGUAUCACAACCACACCACUCAGGAGUACAUGUAGUAGUAGCACAAGAACCAGAAGAAAUUCGCCGGUUGCACGAAAAUGUGACGGAUCCGUACGAUCCUUACGUCCCCAACGAUUUGUUACAGUAUUGGGAACGCAAGGCAGCGGAACGGGAACGUCAAGAAAUGGAGCGUGAAGCAAUGGAAACCAUGGAACGACAACGAGCCAUGCAGCAACAAAUUGACGCCGAACGCAAAGAAAUGCUAGCAUCGGGAAAUACCAGUGCCAUGGUUCAACAGCAGCAACAAUUGAUGGGACGUGGCAGAGGAAGAGGAGGGGUAUCCAAUCUGCCAGCGUGGUUGGUCAAAAAGCAAGAGGAAGAAUCCAAACGAAAAAGUGAGGGUGGUGUCUAACUAUUUAGUCUAUACAAUAGCAAGUGUGGAGGAACGGAAUUUUGGCAUAGAUGAUUUUUUCAGGAAGAAUGGCAGCAUGACUGCUGGGUCUAGAUAGAGUAAUCAAGUGCUGGAUACGGCCAAAAUGUCAAAUUACAGCCGGUUGUGCACGCAGCAACAAGUUGUGUUGCCUUUGGUCAUCCGAAGCCAAUGUACAUUUUUGCUAUCAUUCUAGAGAAUAGGAGAUCUCUCAUUCGGCCCAAAGUACUCGUAAUAUAACUCCUUUGAGAUAGAUGGUGCCAGAAAUGCACCAGGUGUAACCAAGUCAACCAGAAUCCCUCCGAACGCCGACAGCCAGUUGUGACUGGGACCAGGACGGAUGGCUAGCCAUGGCAUUAUUCAAUGGGAUGCCCUCCCAAGAGCUACAACUCGAUCAGCGAGACCUUCCACUAUGUGUAAUAGCAAAUCCCAAUCCAUCAUAAUAAAAAUGA